AUUGGGAAGCGCCAACGCUUUGGAGCUGGGGAUUGGUGGACUGCACAGCGGGGCGGGCUCAAAGGAGGGCCGCGGGAGCGGUGUUGCCUCACCCCCCCUCCCAUGUCAACAAGCGGGGCGCCUGCGCCGGGGGUUUGCGCGUCUUUUCCUCUCAUGCGCGGUAUUUGCUUUCCGAGCAAGGCCCGGGGUUUGGCCUAGAGCCGGUGGCGCGGCGGUGGCGGCGGCACAAUAAACGCGGGCGGCCUUCCCAUCGCGGACUCUCGGAGCAGCCCCGCUGGAGGUUUAGGAUGGCGGAAGACUCGCCCAAGCGGCGCAAGGCCAAUUUCAACGAGGCGGAGACGGAGGUGCUGAUCGAGCAGGUGUUGAAACACGAGCAGGUGCUGUUCGCGGCCGGGCCGGGCCGGGCCUCCCCGGGCCAGAAGCGCAAAGUCUGGGAGCUCAUCCGGCAUAAGGUGAACCCGGUGGCCGCUUGCCCUCGCGAGGUGGAGGACCUCAAAAAGCGCUGGCGGGACCUGAAGCGCCGCGAUCGGAGCAAACUCUGCCGCGUCACCCACGGCGCCGGCGGAGUCGCCCCCCACCCCGCCUCGUUCGGCCUCCUGAUGGGCAACGAGGACGCCUCGCCGCCCGACCACCUCCGAUCCUACCCCUCGGGGCUGCCUGCCCCCAACGAGGCUGUGCCCAUCGUCGGGGGGAUCGACACCCUGGAUCUGCCCAGAGCCUCCUCCGUGACCGAUAUGGGUUUUACAGAUGAUCCUGGUCCAUCCCAACAACCGUGUUUAGAGAAAAUAAAUCUAAAAGAAGAAAUAGUGGUGAAAGUAGUAGAACCAGAAGAAAGCUCAGAAGAUAUGGCAGUUGUUCCUCCUAGCCAGGAGCAGCUCCCUUUUUUGGGGAUACCAAACGGAGGCCCCUGUGGAAAAGUAAAAGCCAAAACGAAAAUUCAACCCCAGACAGACUCUAAUGAAAUUAUAGAAGAAGAUCUCUUACAGAUCCAACAGAAUCAGCUGCAUAUCAUUCAGUCUGGGUUUGAUAGCAUCAAUCAUAAUCUUCGGCUGCUACACCAAGGAAUGCAAGAUCUCAACAACAGCCUCAGUGUCAUGGCACAUACGUUAGUUGCUAUAAAAAAUGUAUACGUGAAAAACAAUGCUGGUCCAACUACCUUUGCUACUGUCACUACUCAGACCACUGCAGGAUACCUGAGUCCUGGCUCCCCUUUAGUUGAGGACAGAGUUAGAGUACCAGUGGCUGGGAGUAGCAGCAGAAGCAGCAGCUGCAGCUCCAGCUCAAUGUCACAAGAACCAGGCCCUUCAGAAUUUCCUCGGCCUCCACACAGACCUAUUAAGAAAGAACAUUCAAAUGGCUGCUACUAUUUCUGUUUUGCAGAUGUGUAAGACUUGAAUACAUGUAAAGCAACUGUGACAUCUGAGUAGCUAUUCUGUACUCUGCUCCAGCACUGCAUCAUGGCUAACAGACUUCUCUGGCUAUUCCUUUCUGAUAAUGCUAAAUGUAUGAAAUCUCCAGCACCCCCACGUGCAGAAAGCCUGUAUCAUAAGAGGAAAAACACUAGUUACAAAUUGAUUCAACUGACUGAGGGGCAAUAUAGCAAUAUUUACUAUUAAAUAAAGGGAUUCUUUAGAACUCAGUUCUAUACAUGUUUACUCAGAAAUAGGUCCUGCUGUACCUUGUCGGGUUAACUUCCAAGUAAGAAUGAAUAAGAUUUACCUGUCUGAUAUCUCAUACAUUGACUUGCUUAGAGGGAAUAAACCCUGACAUCUUGACAUGUUGAGUUUAAAACAAAAAAAGAAUGAAGAGAUAGCGGCAGCUUUAUUUUUUCUGGUAUAAACAUGUCAUAUAAGACAUCUUUUUGUAACAAUCCAAAUUGUGAAUUGGUUAAAAAAAAAA